ACCAAUUUCGGGGUAUAAAAACUAGAAUGCUGAAGUUGAGUUUAUACAGUUGAAUUGUUCUUUACGUGUUGUGGUGAACAACUAGUGCACAAUGGCUACAAUUUCAUCCAUAUGCGUGGGACUCUUACUCGUCAUCCAGACUGUGGUAAAUGGACAACCAGUGGAGUUAGCACUAUCGAGUGAUACAGCAGGGGAAGCAGCAGCUGCAGCAGCUACAACAGCUGGAGAUGUCGCCUCAGCAGUCGGAAGUUCAUUGACAGGAAAUGAAGGUCUAGGAUCAGUUUCAGCAAGCAUUGGAGGAAUGACUGCUGAUGUGGGAGGAAUGGCAGCUAAUGCUGGAGCAAUUGGAACAGGAACUGCUAAUGGUCUCAUUGGAGCAGGUACUGGAUUGGUGGGAGCUGGUGCUGCAGGAUUGAAUGCUGGACUUGGUGCUGGAAUUGGACUUGGUGCUGUAGGAUUGGGUACAGGACUUGCAGGAUUGGGAACAGCUAUUGGAACAGGUACUUCACUAGGUGAAUUGGGUGCUGGAGCACUUGGAGCAGCAGCAGCAAAUGGUUUGGGAUUGCUGGGAAGCAUUGGAGGCAGACCCAUCAUUGUCGUGAGAGAAGACCAACUUGGGACCAGAUUUGGAAGCAAGCACAGCCGCCGCACAACCCCCGGAACAGUGCGUGCAAUUCUAGCACAGAAUGCCAAUGACAUUGUCAAGGCAAUUGAUGAGUCAACCGGCAACAUAAAUGCUGAAGCUGUCCGUGCCCUUGUGGGUUAUGGCCAGGCAAUGGAUGCUAUGAUGGGAGUAGAAUCAGGUCUAGGUGGAGGAGUGGCCACAGCUGCUGGCCAAUUGAUGACCAAUGGCAGAGAUGGUUCCAUCAUUGUCCUGCAGGAUGGAGUUGACCGAAUCAUUGGACUCCCAGCCUCAGUAUCUGUGGCGGCUGGCACACCAGACGCCAUUGUUGUUGGAUAAUCACUUUACUCAGUCUUGAGAAUAUUUUCAUCCAUAAAAAAUUGUUAGUUUAGAAAUAAAUUGAGUUCAGUUGAA